AUGGACUCCAAAGCCGAGGGACAACGUCAGGCGAUGCUUGAAAAAGCACGUCGUAAGAUUUAUGAAGAAUCUGAAAGGGAACGACAGAAGAUUGCCAAGCAAAAUGAAGUGCGUGUGGGCUCUGAUAAAUUUGUGGCAACAACCAAUGACAUCGAAUCACAACUGAAAAGCAGCACGAUCGGUCUGACGGAACUGCGUGAUUACAGAAAGAUCAAGGAAAAUUUAGAAGAACAACAAAUGCGUGAAGCGGCCCAAACGGCGCCACUAAGUGAUGAAAAGAAAAAGAAACGAAAGAAAAAGAAAGCCAGUGUCAAAUUAUCGUUUGCCGUCGACGAUGAAGAAGAAGAAGAAGAAGACGAUGAACUUGCAGCAGCUAAAAAAGCCCAAAAGAAGCGGAAGAUAUUGAAGGAUCCAUCAGUGGAUACAAGCUUUUUACCUGAUCGUGAAAGAGAAGAAAUCGAAAGAGUUGAGCGGGAACAAUUGCGAAAAGAUUGGCUAAAGAGACAGGAAGAGAUCAAGAAGGAGACCAUCAGUAUCACAUAUUCGUACUGGGAUGGUAGUGGACAUCGUAAAAAUGUUCAGUGUAAGAAAGGCGAUAGUAUCGCACAGUUCUUAGAAGCAUGUCGCCAACAGUUUCCACAGCUUAAGGGUGUCAAUGUGGACAAUCUCAUUUACGUCAAGGAAGAUUUAAUCAUUCCACAUCAUUACACGUUUUACGAUUUCAUUAUCAACAAAGCACGUGGCAAGUCCGGUCCUCUAUUCAGCUUUGACGUGCACGACGAUAUUCGGUUGAUUAAUGAUGCAACUGUUGAAAAGGACGAGUCCCACGCUGGUAAAGUAGUAGAGCGAUCGUGGUAUGAAAAGAACAAGCACAUUUUUCCCGCCAGUCGUUGGGAAGUCUUUGAUCCAGAAAAGAAUUACGGCAAAUACACAAUCAAGGAUUCUAAAAAAGCUGUGUAA